UUCGAUGAAGUCAAAGAUGGGAACGAAACUCGAAAGUGUAGAGCUGUACUAAUGUCCAAUGACUGCUCUUUUGCACUUGCAGUCACGCUAGGUUUGCAAAGUGGUUAGGCGACGACUUGAUGAAGCGUGUCGUGGCAAGCAAGCGUAGGGACUGCUGUAGAAGAUAAAGAAGAAGGAAAGCCCAUCAUCGACGCUGUCACGCUAUCUAGGUCCCAGCAGCGUAUUACCUACCGUCCUAGACUGCGUACAAAAAUCAACUGCUGAUUCUCCGACCAAAUGAUAGCAGUUCGACUGGUGCUGACUGUUUCACGAGUGAUUUUCGCCGCCAACGAGCGGAGCAGCGCUGUUGUUGAGUUUCCUGCUUGCAGCGGUGCUUUGUAGAGAACAGUUCGUCGCUUGUGAUAACUCUAAACCUCUGUGUCUAGGAAUCAGCGGUGGUGGUGGUGGUGGUGGUGCUAGAGUUCCACCUGUAGGAGUUGUUAGAGUUAGAUCUGUGACCUUGAAAGGAGGCUAUCGAAAUGGCCACGUCUCCAACGGACAUUGAAGACCUGGAGUGGUUUCACAAAGACAUAUCCAGGCACGUCGCCGAGGGCCUAUUGAUGGCGAACGGCGUGGACGGUAGCUACCUGCUGAGAACCAGCACAACCAAGCCUGGCGACUACUCGUUAUCUGUAAGAUGUGCGAACAGCGUCAAGCACAUCAGUAUCACAUGGGAUGGUCGCGAGUAUGCGUUCGGAAUGGGACGCUUCAAGACCCUCAGAGACUUUGCUGAGCACUUUGAGAACAAACCUCUGAUUGGCGGGGAGUCGGGCGUUCUGACUCUGCUGAAAUACCCGUAUCCGCGUACUGUGGAUGAACCCCCGGCGUACGAGACCGUCCGUGUACACGCUGAGUGGGGCCGCACGUCGAGUGACGAGACGCCAGCAGGGCCAAACCCGGCGCCUACUGCAAUCGCGUCCAAGGAAGGCUAUCUAACCAAGAUGGGCGGCCACCGAAAAAACUGGCUGACGCGCUGGUUUGUCCUGGUUAAGAACGAGCUGCGCUACUACCGAGCACGGGGCGACAGUGAACCGCUGAGAGCGCUUGACCUACAGCAGGCUACAGAAGUAGCACGUGACACCACACACGGCAAGACAAACUGCAUGCGGCUCGUCUUUCCCGGUCGGACAUUCUUCAUGUUCGCCGGUUCGGCACAGGAGGCGGACGAGUGGAUUGGGCUGCUGCAGUGGAAGCUAGAUCAACUUCGCAAAGGCCAAGGCACAAUGCAGUUCUGAUGCUUGAUGCGAUGACACUGGAAUGAUGAUGAACUAGAGCGCAGCAUAGCCAGCAAGCGCAUACUCGUAGUGGUGACGUCGUGAACCCUCUCGGCCAUCUGCUUCAUCUCAGCUCGCACUGGCUGUGCGCCGCGUACACAGCUGUCCUGAGCGAGGAUAGGGAAUCAAGACAGUUCUAUAUGCACAUGACACGCCCCGGGCGCACAGUAUGUUUGCUUGCCGACGCUACUGCUGCUGCCGCUCCCAUGCACUUUCGGCGGAGCAGGUCAAUUUAGAGUCACAUUGAUUAUUGUUCUGACAAGGUAUGUCUAUCUGUAGCCUGCAAGGUUCUUGAUCCUCUAUCACCGUAAGUGGGCCAGUCUUGAGCCGAAACUAAGGGUGUGUCAACUUGACUUCUCCAAGCCGCCGCUGUCGAAGCCAACUGUCGCCGUUAGUCUGUUGCUGCUAUUGGCAUCUUCCACUACUCUGUGCCGCACCAAGUUUUGAGGAAAUUUGCACGUGACAAAGUUAUGAAAUUAUAUAUUGCCACCAUUAUCUUCCCCCGAUAAUAUGGCGGUGGGCUUGGUAUUGUUAUGGUAUUGUUAUUGUAUUGUCAUGGUGACUAUAUUCAGUGCUCCGCUACCACGUACAUGUAACAUAGAAGGUCGCUAAGGAAGUACGGCUGGAUUAUUAUGCUUCCCGCGGAAUGUUUGCUGAUGAAAGCUCUCGAAUGCAUUAAUCUAUUUCCUAGUCCAGUUUUGAUUUAGGUCCGUUCCGUGACACCGCCAUGACCAGAGCAUUAUGAGUAUUAAAAUGAGUGACAGCCAUGACUCAAGCCCAAGAGUAGCUUUUAAAUUUUUUCAGUUCUCCAUUUAUGAAUCAAAAUUAUUUUUGCAUACAGCGCACUGUAAGUUUCAACUUUGUAUCGCAGUACUAGCCCGACGCUAUCUUCUUUGACCGAACAAAACAUUAUUUAAAAAAAAUUACUAUUGAA